GCCGUGUGUGUGCACGUAAUAGACAAAGCGUUGCAAAGAACGAAUCGGAGCUGUACGCCGACUCUCGAGCCCCAGCCAGCGUUUCCGAGCAUUAAAUUUACUCUUUUUAAAAUCGUAAAAUUUCAAAGUUUAAUCAGGGGCGUUACAUGUGGGUUGUAUUGGACGGAUUUCUAAAUCAAUAUGGGGGUAGUAGACAAGAAUAGCAAUUCCAGCUCUGAACAUAAUCAUCGUUCUAAUGGAUCGAAUUCCGGGGGUGCCAACUCUAAUGGCCAUCCAUCAGAGGAAAGCGGGACCAGCAGCUCUGGAGAAGAUGAUAAUGAGCCUGGAAUGCGUGUUGGUUCUGAAUACCAAGCCAUUGUUCCAGAACUUCAACCUGAUGUUCCUGUUGGGCGCCGUGGAGACAGCAGACCAGAGGCUUUACUUGUAUGGACUCCAAGUCAGGAAAUUUCUGAUCCAAAAUUGGAUGAGUACAUCAGCGUGGCCAAGGAGAAGUUUGGUUACAACACCGAGCAGGCUUUGGGCAUGCUCUUCUGGCACAAGCACAGUGUUGAGAAGUCUCUAGCUGACCUUCCAAACUUUACACCGUUCCCUGAUGAGUGGACCGUGGAAGACAGAGUUCUCUUUGAACAAGCAUUCAGCUUCCAUGGAAAGAGUUUCCACCGCAUCAGGCAAAUGUUGCCUGACAAGUCCAUUAGCAGCCUGGUGAGAUAUUAUUACCAAUGGAAGAAGACACGAACACGUACCAGUCUCAUGGACAAAAAGAUCGUCAAAUCAUCAGCUCCUACUACUCAGAAAGAAGGAAGUGGAGAAGAAGAGCCUCCUAAAGAAGAGGAACCAGUUGAGAGCAUGGAGACCGACAAAACUGAAGCAGCAAAGGAUGGAGCGACGACAAGUAAAAGUGUGUGUGGUAAUUGUGCUAGUUCGGUCAGUCAACUUCAUACUACACCUAAAGGACAGCUAUGUCAUCCGUGCUACAGCUACUGGAGGCGUACUGGUGUCAUGCGUACCCACGUGGGCCCGGUGAGAAACGAGAUCCAGACUCACCAUCGUCAUCAUCCUAUGAGGAUGAAGAAGAAACCCCCGCGAGGGAUGUACGUAGAUCGUGAUGACCUCCUUUCUAUGGCAACCACUCAGGCUGAUGCCAUCUUUAAGGGCUUGGAUGCAGACAUUGUUAAUCUCAAAAGACAGCUCCAAAAUAACAAACAAUUGGUUGGUCAACAGAAGGAGAAGAUGAUAGAUGUUGAUAGCUUUCGUCCUCCUGAGCCAGCUCAGAGAAACAAAUCAAGCUGGACCAAUGAUGAACAACUACUUGCUGUACAAGCUUUAAGGAAGUACGGUCAAGACUUUGAAGCAGUGGCUGAUGUGAUUGGUAAUAAGAAUGCUGCACAGUGUCGUGCCUUUAUGGUGACCUUCAGAAGACGAUUUAACCUUGACAAAGUUCUUGAAGAGUAUGAAGCAGAGAAGAAAGCAAGAGGAGACACUAGUGAGCCACCUGUAAGUAGUGCUACCAGUACACCAUUGGCCACUGCUCCCCUGGCUGUUCCAGUCAUCGCUAGUGCCCCACCCCCUCUGCAUAGACCAACGGCAGCACCAGCUCCCGUUGUCACUCAGUCACCCCAAUCACAGAAACCUCCACCUCUACAAACACAACAGCCAAGAUUCCUUCACCCUCGAAGUGCCCUCCAGCAGCCCCCACCACUUAGACCCAGCACAGCAGCAUCCGGUCCCCUGGCCCGCUCUAGACCGCCCAUCAUGGGCCCCUUAUCAGGGCAUCCCCCUACCAUAGGAGCUGCUACGCAAAGGGAGCCAUCACCACAAUAGAUUUGCCUCAUCAUGCACCAGUACCAUGUCAUAGGAGGCUACAACCUAGCUUCAUCCACUAGAAUGAACACUUUUGUCUUACAAAAUUCAAGAAAUAUAAUAUAUCCAUUCAUCUAAUUGAUAUAAGUCGUUUAUGAUACAUCAAAACCUAUAGCUCCUUUUUUUGUUUAAUUUCCAUUUACUUUACCAUACAACCUCCUCUUGAAAAACUCAAUUCAUUUUUUUUUUUUUAAUUUCCAUUCACUUUACCAUACAACCUCCUCUUGAAAAACUCAAUUCAUUUUCAAAUGUUUAAGCACUGAUUUAGUUUGUGACUAGUAGCAAAUAAUAUGAUCAAGUUUUAAUAGAUUAAUGGAUGAGACUGAAUUCCCAAACAAGUUUAAGAACAAUGACACAUAGAACAACAUUAGCUUGUGAGAAUCAAAAUGAAGUGCCAUAGUUCUGAUUAUGCAAGGUGUGCUAUUUUACUCUAUGUCCUUUGAAAAAAUUUGAUAUUUCAAUUUUGAAAGUACAAAUCGAGGAAAGCAAGUGGACGACUUGGCUGUAAUUGUACUGGAAACGAAUCCAAGACUUGGCCGUAAAACUUGCAGAAAUUGAAAAACCAGGUACUGCUUAAAUUAUGAUGGAAUGAAUAAGAUGUAUCAUUUGUAGCUCCUUUCACAAGUUAUCUCAGGCAUAGAUAGUAUUCAGAUUAUUCUGUUUUCUUGCAAGUUUGUCAUCUUUUCAAUGUGACUUUUCAAGCUUAAUAGUCAUGAUAUAUAACUCAUGUCAAUGCACGUGUUGCCUAUUGUGAUUAUUUCACUAGUUUGCAUAUUUUUUUUAUCUGUUUGACAUUGAUUUUAUAAUGGAUACUUUCUUUGUUCCCAUUGUUCAUCCUACCUACUGACUUUAUGAAAAUAUUGUUGAUGUUGUUGCAAUGUGUUAAAGGAUUGCUUUGUAAUAUGUUUUUUUUUUUUUUUUUUUUUUUUUUAUUUGGAAUUUAAUUUAUUUUUCAAAAGCAUUACGAAUAGUAAGGUAAAUGUCAGAUUGUAAAUAGUAAAAUUACCUUAAUUUAUGAAAUGCUGAAAUAUAUGUUGAUGUUGAGCAAUUGAAACAAGACUUUGGGUUUCAGUUUUAACUGUAAAUCCAAGGUAGACAUUUAAAAAGCUGCAGAUGAAGUCUAGAAAUAGACAAGUGUUUCAUUCACAUUUGUAGAUAUCAGUCCUAUGUAAACAUUUGUACUUUUCAUAUUGAUACUUUGUACAAUUAUAUUGAGGAAACUAUAGAUGGAAACAUUUUUGAGAACUAUGAAUAGUGUAUUUGGAAUAGGUAGUAAAGUAACAGGAAACGGUGAGAAAAAAUAGGGUGAUUACAUUUUCCACAGGAUUUUGAUGUGGAAAUUGAAAUAUUGUCACCAAAAUUUGUGUUGAAAUUUAUGUCAGGUAGUGAUUUCCUGAAACAACUUUUGGGCAAUUCCACUGUGGAAAACAAUUAAUCCUUACUGUACUCAGUGUAUUGGGCCUAUUUUUGAUCUCCCUGCUGAUUGAGGCCCCCCUCCCAUCCCUGUCAUCUCAGCCGCUCAGUAUGUGUUCGCAAAAUAAAAUUUGCACAAAUACCAUUGACAACAUAGUCUCAAAUUAUAUGGUCAAUUUUCCUAAAAUUAAUUUUGCUUUGAAACUCAUAAUUUGUAGUGUAAAUGCCCCUUGAAGGAAUCUAAUGAUAUAUAUUUUUUAUUGGGGUAUGUGUCAAUGAAAUUUAUAGGCAACACUAUUUUGAUAAUAACCAGCAUUAAGAUAUUCAUGCAUUUAUAACUUUUAGCAUGAAACACAUUUGCAUUGGAUUUGCACAUGCAAUCGCAUCUUCAAGCAACUUUUGGCAUGGCGAACAACUAGAAAAUUAUCUCAAAAUGCCUUGAGGUUUGCAUUGUGCGUUGCUGACAUAUUAUAGGAGCCCCCUCUCCCCAUUACUCAACAAGCUUAUAAUACAAUAUGAAUCCUAAUAGUCUUAGUUUGAUUUUAGAAUAUAUUUUUCAUUCUGGUAUUUUUGUAUCCAAGUUAGUAAAUGAAAUACAUUGCCCAUGUGGAAUUGCCUUUGGAUAUGAGAGAAAAAUCAUUUAAACACUGCUUGUUAGGAGACUUUUUUUUUGCAUCUGCCAAACCAGCAGAAACUGGAGAGACAGAUAAAUGAAAGUUUGAAGAGUUGAAACACUAUACCUGUCUGCUAAUUAUUUAAUGUCAGGGAGAACAGUGACAACUCCUUACUAGCUGAAAUUUACCUGAUAGUUAUCUACUCACCAAUGGUCAUAGUUGAAUGGUCUCAAAGAGGCUGCAAGAUUGGUGGACUGGUUAAAUUCUUCAGCACAGUUCUUGUAAAUAUAUAGAUUAUUUUAUACAAAUUCUUGUCUUCAAAAUGAAAAAGGGUAUUUACAAAGUAAAUAGAUGCUCACCCAUUUUCACUUGAGUUUCUUAGUAUGUCUUUUAUAAUAACGUUUAAGGACACAUGUACAUAAAAGCACAAUAAUACUAAUUUGAAAUUACCUGAAGAAGUGAGCGAGUGCUGCAAAAUUUGGGGCUAUAUUCGGCUCUACUUACCAUUACCAGGUAGGUAAAUGAAUUAAACGACUACGUAUACACUAUUUUCCACCUCUCUUUCUAAAUGGGAGAUUUGUAACCUUUUUUAAGUGAAGAAUUUUGAUAUCAGAAUUUGGGUAGGCACUUAACUAUACCAUAAUAUAUUGUAGUAAUUUAUUGACUAGUUAUGUAAAUACGUGCACAAUGAUGGAGGCAUAGUGUGAGGGGAAUUGUGUUUUCUCCUGCCAAUAUGAGCAUUCAUUGUUACAAUGUCUUAUACUGUUAAUUAACCCAGGUUUCAUUUAUGAAUGUGAUGCGUUUCUUCUACACAUUUUUUGUAUAUUAUAUAUACUGUUAUUGUAAGAAAAAAGCCUGUUCCAUCAUUA